CCUGCGUCCGGCGGCAGGAGCGGCAGCAGGCGGCGUAGGAGCCCCUCGUGCAGUCAAACGCAACUUGGGUGCAAACGACACUAGCGUGUGCAUCCUCCCCUCUGCACCACUGAGGAGAGGCUUGGGAAGGAAAAGGAGCCGCUGCCUCUCCGUCUCUCUCUGGAUCCAGGAGGACCCCUCUUUCUUUCCCUCCUCGUUUUCCCCUCCCCGUUCUCCUUCCCUCCAUGCAUCGUUCUUGGGAGCUUUUGAUGAUCGUUGCGAUUACCUUGCCUUGCGUUUAAUCUAGGACACAAGCGGUGGCGGAGGAAGGUUGCUGCUGCUGGUUGUGCCUUGCGCCCUCCCCCGCCUCUUAUUAUUAUAUAAAUAUAUAUUUUCCUGCAUGCAACCUUCCUUUCUUGUUGGGAAGGGCUGAACCCCCUCCUCUCUCUCUCCUCCCCAGCCUUUGCUGCUGCUGGGUUCUCUCAUCUCUCAGGCUGGGAGGGAGAGAGGAGGAGGGAGAGGGGCUUUUCCUUCCGAUCUCUCCCCCCUCCUCCUGAAAUAGAUGGUGAAAGAGCUGAAGACCCUUGGAAGGAGAGAGUGAAGAAGAGGUGGUGACGGAGACCUCAAGAGAAGAAGAGAGAGCAGCUCUAGCUGCAAAUCUUGUGUGGACUGUAGAGACCUGAUAUUUUAUUUUUUUUAAUUUUUUGCACAAGCAUGCUGACCCACAGGGUAGAUGUGAUGGGGCCCUUGCUGCUCUUACUGGGAUUUUUGCACAUACUAGUAGGGAUCACCCCUAUUUUUGCCCUUGAAGUAGAAGACUCCAGCAAAGCAAAACCUCCUAAUUCCCCGAGUGCGGAGUGGGUGCUGCAGCCUAGACCUACACCGCCUAAAGGGAGAGACCCGAACGCUUGGAACCGGCUCAAGGACCAGUCUUUUGCAUUAUCUAAGGAGGUUGAUGUCUAUAUUGCAACACUUCCAAAGUUGGGGGAACAAGCCUUGGAGAGCCCUACCUCACAAAUAUUGUCACCGAAGACAUGUAGCCCAAAACAGUUUGCAUGUAAAGACCAGAUCACAUGCAUAUCCAAGGGCUGGAGAUGUGAUGGAGAGAAGGAUUGUCCAGAUGGCUCUGAUGAAGCACCAGAUAUCUGUCCACAGAGCAAGGUGUCAAGAUGCCAGCCUAAUGAACACAACUGCCUGGGCACUGAGCUCUGCAUCCCCAUGACCAGGCUGUGCAAUGGGGAACGCGAUUGUGCAGAUGGUACAGAUGAAGGGGCCCACUGCCGAGAGCUCUUGACAAACUGCUCAGCUAUGGGCUGCCAGCAUAAUUGUGUCCCAACUCUGAAUGGCCCGGCCUGUUAUUGUAACAAUUCCUUUCAACUGGCUGAUGAUGGGAAGAGCUGCAAAGAUUUUGAUGAGUGUACCAUUUAUGGCACCUGUAGCCAAACCUGCGCUAAUCAUCACGGCUCCUACCUAUGCAGUUGCGUUGAAGGCUAUCUGCUCCAGCCUGAUCACAAGUCCUGCAAAGCAAAGAAUGAACCAGUAGAGCGACCUCCUAUCCUAUUGAUUGCCAACUCUCAGAACAUCAUGGCUACUUACCUGAAUGGUGUGCCCGUCCGUAACAUCACUCCCACCAACACCAAGCAGACUACUGCCAUGGACUUCAACUACGUAGAAGACACUGUCUGCUGGGUCCAUGUUGGUGACAGUUCCUCACAGACUAUCCUGAAAUGUGCCAAGAUCCCUAAUCUGAAAGGCUUUGUUGAGGAGCGGUUCAUCAACAUCUCUCUCAGCUUGCAUCAUGUGGAACAGAUGGCUAUUGACUGGCUUACGGGUAACUUCUACUUUGUGGAUGACAUUGAUGACCGAAUAUUUGUCUGCAACAAGAAUGGGGUCACCUGUGUUACGCUGCUUGAUCUGGAGCUCUACAACCCUAAAGGCAUCGCACUGGAUCCAACCAUGGGGAAGGUGUUCUUCACUGACUAUGGACAGAUACCAAAGGUGGAGCGUUGUGACAUGGAUGGGCAGAACCGCACAAAGCUGGUUGACACCAAGAUUGUCUUCCCUCAUGGUAUCACCUUGGAUUUGGUCAAUCGACUAGUUUAUUGGGCUGAUGCCUACCUUGACUACAUUGAAGUGGUGGAUUAUGAAGGAAAGAACCGGCACACCAUUAUCCAGGGCAUCUUGAUAGAACAUCUCUAUGGCCUGACCGUCUUUGAGAACUACCUGUAUGCUACCAACUCAGAUAAUGCCAAUGCCCAGCAGAAAACGAGUGUCAUCCGGGUCAAUCGAUUCAACAGCAGUGACUUCCACAUGGUAACCAGAGUAGAUAAAGGUGGAGCUCUACAUAUCUACCACCAGCGACGGCAACCCAAAGUGAGGAGUCAUGCCUGUGAACCAGACCAGUUCAACAAACCCGGUGGCUGCUCUGACAUCUGUCUCCUUGGAAACAGCCACAAGACUCGGACAUGCCGCUGCCGGUCAGGGUUCAGCCUAGGCAGUGAUGGAAAGUCCUGCAAAAAGCCAGAGCAUGAGCUCUUCCUUGUUUACGGGAAAGGUCGGCCAGGCAUCAUCCGCGGGAUGGACAUGGGGGCCAAAGUGCCUGAUGAGCACAUGAUCCCUAUUGAGAACUUGAUGAAUCCCAGGGCCCUGGAUUUCCAUGCAGAGACUGGCUUCAUUUACUUUGCUGACACCACCAGCUAUCUGAUUGGCCGACAGAAGAUUGAUGGAACAGACAGGGAAACAAUCCUGAAAGAUGGCAUUCACAAUGUUGAAGGCAUCGCUGUGGACUGGAUGGGGAACAAUCUCUACUGGACUGAUGAUGGACUCAAGAAGACCAUCAGCGUUGCCCGGCUGGAGAAAGCUGCCCAGACUAGGAAGACUCUGAUUGAAGGGAAGAUGACUCACCCUCGAGCCAUUGUGGUGGACCCCUUGAAUGGGUGGAUGUAUUGGACUGAUUGGGAGGAAGACCCAAAGGACAGCAAGAGGGGGAAAAUAGAAAAGGCUUGGAUGGAUGGCACCAAUCGCAAUGUCUUUGUCACCUCCAAGACUGUCCUAUGGCCCAAUGGAUUGAGCCUGGACAUUCCAGCUAAGGUGCUGUAUUGGGUGGAUGCAUUUUAUGACCGGAUUGAGAUGAUUAUGCUGGAUGGCACAGAACGCAGGACUGUGUAUGAUGGUCAUGAGCUGAACCAUGCCUUUGGGUUGUGCCACUAUGGCAACUUCCUCUUCUGGACAGAGUAUCGGAGUGGCAGCAUCUACCGCCUGGACCAGACCACCAAGGCCGUUACGCUUUUGCGCAACGAACGCCCCCCAAUCUUUGAGAUCCGCAUGUAUGAUGCUCAACAACAGCAAGUUGGCUCCAACAGCUGCCGAGUGAACAACGGAGGCUGCAGCAGUCUUUGCCUGGCUAUUCCCAAAGGCAGGCAUUGUGCCUGUGCAGAGGACCAGAUUUUGGGAGACGAUUCUGUCACAUGUCAAGCCAAUCCAUCUUACGUCCCACCCCCUCAGUGCCAGCCUGGGGAGUUUGCCUGCAAGAACAACCGCUGCAUACAGGAGCGCUGGAAAUGUGAUGGUGACAAUGACUGCCUGGACAACAGCGAUGAGGCACCCGAGCUCUGCCAUCAGCACACAUGCCCUUCAGACCGUUUCAAGUGUGAAAACAACCGCUGUAUUCCUAACCGCUGGCUGUGUGAUGGGGACAAUGACUGUGGGAACAAUGAAGAUGAGUCUAACUCUACCUGCUCAGCUCGUACGUGCCCUACCAACCAGUUCUCCUGUGCCAGUGGGCGUUGUAUACCCAUCUCCUGGACCUGUGACUUGGAUGAUGAUUGUGGGGACCGCUCUGAUGAAUCAGCCUCAUGUGCCUACCCAACUUGCUUUCCUCUGACCCAGUUCACCUGCCACAAUGGUCGCUGCAUCAACAUCAACUGGAGAUGUGACAAUGACAAUGACUGCGGGGACAAUAGCGAUGAAGCUGGCUGUAGCCAUUCCUGCUCCAGCAACCAGUUCAAAUGCAAUAGCGGGCGCUGCAUUCCUGUGCAUUGGACCUGUGAUGGGGAUAAUGACUGUGGGGACUACAGUGAUGAGACCCAUGCCAACUGCACCAACCAAGCCACCCGCCCACCUGGAGGCUGCCACACAGAUGAGUUCCAGUGUCGCCUGGAUGCGCUUUGCAUUCCCAUGCGCUGGCGGUGUGAUGGUGACACCGACUGCAUGGACUCCAGUGAUGAGAAGAAAUGCGAAGGCGUCACUCACGUCUGUGAUCCUAAUGUCAAGUUUGGCUGCAAGGAUUCUGCCCGAUGUAUUAGUAAGGCUUGGGUAUGUGAUGGAGACAAUGAUUGUGAGGACAACUCAGAUGAGGAGAACUGUGAAUCACUGGUGUGCAAACCACCCUCACAUACUUGUGCCAACUCCACGUCUAUCUGUCUCCCUCCUGAGAAAUUGUGUGACGGCAAUGAUGACUGCGGAGAUGGAUCCGAUGAAGGGAAGCUGUGUGACCUGUGCUCUCUGAACAAUGGAGGCUGCAGCCACAACUGCACAGUGGCACCAGGAGAGGGCAUUGCCUGCUCUUGCCCCCUCGGUAUGGAGCUGGGCGCUGACAACAAGACCUGUCAGAUCCAGAGCUACUGCGCCAAGCACCUCAAGUGCAGUCAGAAGUGUGAGCAGGACAAAUUCAACGUGAAGUGCUCUUGCUACGAGGGGUGGAUGCUGGAGCAUGAUGGCGAGAGCUGCCGCAGCUUGGACCCCUUUAAGCCCUUUAUCAUCUUUUCAAACCGCCACGAGAUCCGGCGCAUUGAUCUGCACAAGGGAGAUUACAGUGUCUUGGUACCUGGCUUGAGGAACACCAUAGCUUUGGACUUCCAUCUGAAUCAGAGCUCCCUCUACUGGACUGAUGUGGUGGAAGACAAGAUAUACCGGGGGAAGCUACAUGAGAAUGGAGCCCUGACCAGCUUUGAAGUGGUGAUCCAGUAUGGGUUGGCUACACCUGAGGGACUCGCUGUGGACUGGAUUGCUGGCAACAUCUACUGGGUGGAAAGCAACCUGGAUCAGAUUGAGGUGGCGAAGCUGGAUGGAACCAUGAGGAGCACCUUGCUGGCUGGGGACAUUGAGCACCCUCGCGCCAUUGCCCUGGACCCACGAUGCGGAAUUCUCUUCUGGACAGACUGGGAUGCCAGCUUGCCCCGCAUUGAGGCAGCUUCCAUGAGUGGUGAGGGCCGGCGUGUCAUCCACAAGGAGACCGGCUCAGGUGGCUGGCCCAAUGGACUCACCGUUGACUACCUGGAGAAGCGCAUCCUGUGGAUUGAUGCCAGGUCGGAUGCCAUCUAUUCUGCCCGCUAUGACGGCACAGGCCACAUUGAAGUGCUGCGAGGGCAUGAGUACCUUUCCCACCCCUUUGCUGUCACCCUUUAUGGUGGUGAGGUGUACUGGACGGAUUGGCGCACGAAUACUCUGGCCAAGGCCAACAAGUGGACGGGCCACAACGUCACUGUUGUACAGAGAACCAGCACACAGCCCUUCGAUUUGCAGGUCUAUCAUCCUUCUCGCCAGCCUCUAGCUCCCAACCCUUGUGAAGCCAAUGGAGGAAAAGGCCAUUGCUCUCACCUCUGCCUCAUCAACUACAAUAGCACCUUCUCCUGUGCCUGUCCGCACCUCAUGAAGCUGCACAAGGACAACACCACAUGCUAUGAGUUUAAGAAGUUCCUGCUCUAUGCCCGCCAGAUGGAGAUUCGAGGGGUUGACAUUGACAACCCCUACUAUAACUAUAUCAUCUCCUUCACUGUGCCUGACAUUGACAAUGUCACUGUAGUGGACUAUGACGCCAUGGAACAGCGGAUCUACUGGUCAGAUGUUCGCACACAAACCAUCAAGAGGGCAUUCAUAAAUGGAACUGGCGUGGAAACUGUUGUGUCUGCAGACUUACCAAAUGCCCAUGGCCUAGCUGUGGAUUGGGUCUCCAGGAACCUUUUCUGGACAAGCUAUGAUGCCAACAAGAAGCAGAUCAAUGUUGCCCGGUUAGAUGGCUCAUUUAAGAAUGCUGUGAUUCAGGGGCUGGACAAACCUCAUUGCCUGGUUGUACAUCCUCUCAAAGGGAAGCUCUACUGGACAGAUGGAGACAACAUCAGCAUUGCCAAUAUGGACGGCAGCAACCGUAGCCUGCUCUUUGCGAACCAAAAGGGGCCUGUCGGCCUCUCCAUUGACUACCAGGAAAGCAAGCUGUACUGGAUCAGCUCCGGCAAUGGCACCAUCAACAGGUGCAGUUUGGAUGGCAGUGGCUUGGAGGUGUUGGAGACCAUGAAGAACCAGCUACGCAAGGCCACAGCAUUGGCUAUCAUGGGUGAUAAGUUGUGGUGGGCUGACCAGGCCUCUGAAAAGAUGGGCACCUGUGACAAGAAGGAUGGGGCAGGGGCAGUUGUUCUGCGCAACAGCACCACACUGGUUAUGCACAUGAAGGUCUAUGACGAGAGCAUACAGCAGCAUGGUACCAACCCUUGCAGUGUGAAUAAUGGUGACUGCUCACAACUCUGCCUUCCAACCUCAGAGACUUCUCGCUCCUGCAUGUGUACAGCUGGCUAUAGCCUGAAGAGUGGGCAGCAGUCUUGUGAAGGGGUUGGCUCUUUCCUCCUCUACUCUGUCCAUGAGGGUAUCCGGGGCAUCCCACUGGACCCCAAUGACAAGUCUGAUGCACUAGUGCCAGUCUCUGGAACCGCCUUGGCUGUUGGCAUUGAUUUCCAUGCAGAGAAUGACACCAUCUACUGGGUAGACAUGGGCCAGAGCACCAUCAGCCGGGCCAAGCGGGACCAGACAUGGCGAGAGGAUGUGGUGACCAACGGCAUUGGCCGGGUGGAGGGUAUUGCUGUGGAUUGGAUUGCAGGAAACAUCUAUUGGACAGAUCAGGGCUUUGAUGUCAUUGAGGUGGCUAGGCUCAACGGUUCAUUCCGCUAUGUUGUGAUUUCACAGGGGCUGGACAAGCCACGAGCCAUCACUGUGCACCCUGAGAAGGGGUAUCUAUUUUGGACUGAAUGGGGCCAGUACCCCCGCAUUGAACGUUCCCGGCUCGAUGGGACAGAUCGUGUGGUCCUCAUCAACACCACCAUCAGUUGGCCCAAUGGGAUUUCAGUUGAUUAUGAGGGUGGGAAGCUUUACUGGUGUGAUGCUCGGACAGACAAGAUCGAACGCAUAGACCUAGAGACGGGUGAAAACAGGGAGGUUGUCCUGUCCAAUAACAACAUGGACAUGUUCUCGGUGUCGGUCUUUGGGGAUUACGUCUACUGGAGUGACAGAACUCAUGCGAAUGGAUCUAUUAAGAGGGGCAACAAGGACAAUGCUUCCGAAAUUGUGUCUCUGCGCACAGGAAUAGGGGUGCAGCUGAAGGACAUCAAGGUGUUCAACAGAGCCAGGCAAAAGGGUACCAAUGUGUGUGCUCAGAACAAUGGUGGGUGUGAGCAAUUGUGCCUGUACCGUGGAGAAGGACAGCGGACAUGCGCGUGUGCCCAUGGCAUGCUGUCUGAGGAUAGUGUGAGCUGCCGAGAUUAUGACGGCUACUUGCUCUACUCGGAACGCACCAUUCUCAAGAGUAUCCACUUGUCGGAUGAGAACAACCUCAACGCACCUAUCAAGCCAUUUGAAGAUGGCGAGCACAUGAAAAACGUCAUUGCCUUGGCCUUUGACUAUCGCGCGGGCAGCAAAGGCAGCAACCGUAUCUUCUAUAGCGAUAUUCACUUUGGCAACAUCCAGCAGAUCAAUGACGAUGGAACAGGGCGCAGGACCAUAGUAGAGAAUGUUGGCUCAGUUGAGGGGCUGGCCUACCACCGAGGCUGGGACACCUUAUACUGGACAAGCUAUACCACGUCUACCAUUACCCGCCAUACCGUGAAUCAGAGCCGCAGUAAUGCUUUUGAAAGGGACACUGUCAUCACCAUGUCUGGGGACGACCAUCCUCGAGCCUUUGUUUUGGAUGAGUGCCAGAACCUGAUGUUCUGGACCAACUGGAACGAGCAACACCCCAGCAUCAUGCGAGCCUCACUGUCAGGUGCCAACAUGAUCACCAUUAUCGACAAAGACAUCCGCACACCCAAUGGUCUGGCCAUUGACCACAAGGCUGAAAAAAUCUACUUCUCUGAUGCCACCCUGGACAAGAUAGAGCGGUGUGAAUAUGAUGGUGCUCAUCGACAGGUGAUCCUUAAGGCUGAGCCAGUACAUCCCUUUGGCCUGGCUGUCUACGGUGACUACAUCUUCUGGACAGACUGGGUGCGCCGCUCUGUGCAGCGUGCCAACAAGUAUGUGGGCUCCGACAUGAAGCAUCUGCGCAUCGACAUUCCUCAGCAGCCGAUGGGUAUCAUUGCUGUAGCCAACGACACCAACAGCUGUGAACUCUCUCUGUGCAGAGUGAACAAUGGCGGUUGCCAGGACCUGUGCCUCCUCUCAGCCAAGAGUGAAGUCAUCUGCUCUUGCCGUGGUCACAGGAUCCUUCAGGAUGAUUUUUCAUGCAGAGCUGCAAACUCCACCUGUAAUGUGCACAAUGAGUUUGAGUGUGGAAAUGGCGACUGCAUUGAUUUCAGCAACACCUGUGAUGGCGUGGCCCACUGCAAGGACAAGUCAGAUGAGAAGCAAUCCUACUGCAGCAACCGCAAGUGUAAGAAAGGCUACCUGCACUGCACAAACAAGCGCUGCGUGCCCAGCAGAGACUGGUGCAAUGGUGUGGACAACUGUGGAGACAACUCGGAUGAAGUGCCUUGCAACAAGACAAGCUGUGCUGCUACAGAGUUCCGCUGCCGGGAUGGCACCUGCAUUGGCAACUCGAGCCGUUGCAACCAAAAUAUUGACUGCGAGGAUGCCUCAGAUGAGAUGAACUGCAGCAUGACUGACUGCAGCAGCUUUUUCAAACUGGGAGUAAAAGGCACCACCUUCCUGAAGUGUGAGCACACAUCAAUGUGCUACGCUCAGUCCUGGGUGUGUGAUGGCAGCAACGAUUGUGGGGACUACUCAGAUGAGCAGAACUGCCCAGGAGUUGUAAGGAAAUCCAAGUGCCCUGCCAACUACUUCGCUUGCCCAAGUGGAAGGUGCAUCCCCAUGUCAUGGACAUGUGACAAAGAAAAUGACUGUGAAAAUGGCGAGGAUGAGACACACUGCAAUAAAUUCUGCUUCCCAGUGAAGUUUGAAUGCAACAAUCAUCGCUGCAUCUCCAAGCAGUGGGUAUGUGAUGGCGCAGAUGACUGUGGUGAUGGCUCUGACGAAGACCACCGUUGCAGUCUCACCACCUGUAAUCCAGAUGCUUUCCAGUGCCCAAACACCUAUGUGUGUGUGCCAAAACGUUGGCUGUGUGAUGGGGACAAAGACUGUGCCGAUGGUUCUGAUGAAGGUUCAGCUGCCCACUGCUUCUAUAACAACACAUGCGAUGAACGUGAGUACAGAUGUAAUAACCAGCAGUGCAUCCCCAAACACUUUGUGUGUGACCAUGAUGACGACUGUGGAGAUGGUUCUGAUGAAUCCCCAGAAUGUGAGUACCCUACCUGUGGCCCCGAUGAGUUCCGCUGUGCCAAUGGCCGCUGCCUCAGCAACAAGCACUGGGAGUGUGAUGGCGAGUUUGACUGCCAUGACCAGUCCGAUGAGGCGCCCAAGAAUCCCCGUUGCUCCAGCUCCGAGAGCAAGUGCAAUGACACCUCCUUUGUGUGCCGAAACGAGAAGUGCAUCUCUCAGAGUCUGCUCUGUGACAACAACAAUGACUGUGGCGAUGGCUCCGAUGAGCUAAACUGUUUCAUCAACGAGUGCCUCAACAAGAAACUCAGUGGCUGCUCCCAGGAAUGCGAGGACCUCAGAAUCGGCUACAAGUGCAGAUGUCGCCCUGGGUUCCGGCUGAAGGAUGAUGGGAAGACUUGCAUUGACGUGGACGAGUGCACUACCACGUACCCCUGCAGCCAGAUAUGCAUCAACACCUUGGGUAGCUUCAAAUGUCUGUGUGUCGACGGCUACAUCCUGAAGUCUGAUGACCCAACGAGUUGCAAAGCUAUUACAGACGAUGAGCCCUUCCUGAUCUUUGCUAAUCGGUACUACCUACGGAAGCUUAGUCUGGAUGGUUCCAACUAUACUUUGCUGAAACAGGGGCUGAACAAUGCUGUGGCUCUGGACUUUGACUACCGGGAGCAAAUGAUCUACUGGACGGAUGUCACCACGCAGGGCAGUAUGAUCCGCCGCAUGAACAUCAAUGGCAGCAAUGUGCAGGUGUUGCACCGCACUGGACUGAGCAAUCCUGAUGGCCUAGCUGUGGACUGGGUGGGUGGAAACCUGUACUGGUGCGACAAGGGAAGGGACACCAUUGAAGUGUCAAAGCUCAACGGGGCCUACCGCACUGUGCUAGUGAACACUGGACUACGGGAGCCCCGAGCACUGGUGGUAGAUGUACAGAACGGCUACUUAUACUGGACAGACUGGGGUGACCAUUCCCUGAUUGGCAAGAUAGGCAUGGAUGGCACCAACCGGAGCGUCAUUGUGGACACCAAGAUCACCUGGCCCAACGGCCUCACCCUGGACUACAUUAACAGCCGCAUCUACUGGGCUGAUGCCCGAGAGGACUACAUUGAAUUUGCCAGCCUGGAUGGCUCCAACCGGCACAUAGUUUUGAGCCAGGAUAUUCCCCACAUCUUUGCCCUGACACUCUUUGAGGAUUACAUUUAUUGGACUGACUGGGAGACCAAAUCCAUCAACAGGGCCCACAAGUCUACAGGUGCCAACAAAUCCGUGUUGAUCAGCACUCUACAUCGGCCCAUGGACAUCCACAUCUUCCACGCCUACAGGCAGCCAGACGUUCCCAACCACCCCUGCAAAGACAACAACGGUGGCUGCAGCAACCUGUGCCUACUGUCACCAGGAGGAGGCUUCAAGUGUGCCUGCCCUACCAACUUCUAUUUGGGUGGCGAUGGCAGGACCUGCGUCUCCAAUUGCACAGCCAGCCAGUUUGUCUGCAAGAAUGACAAGUGCAUCCCUUUCUGGUGGAAAUGCGACACAGAAGACGACUGCGGGGAUCGCUCGGAUGAGCCCGAGAAUUGCCCUGAAUUCAAGUGUCGCCCAGGACAAUUCCAGUGCUCAACAGGAAUCUGCACCAACCCAGCCUUCAUCUGCGAUGGGGACAAUGACUGCCAGGACAACUCGGAUGAAGCCAACUGUGAAGUGCACGUCUGCCUGCCGAGCCAGUUCAAAUGUACAAACACCAAUCGCUGCAUCCCUGGCAUCUUCCGCUGCAAUGGGCAAGACAACUGCGGCGAUGGAGAAGACGAAAAGGACUGUCCGGAGGUGACUUGUGCCCCAAACCAGUUCCAGUGUGCCAUCACUAAACGCUGCAUUCCCCGAGUGUGGGUGUGUGACCGUGAUAACGACUGCGUGGAUGGAUCUGAUGAGCCUGCCAAUUGCACACAAAUGAGAUGUGGCCUGGAUGAGUUCCGGUGCAAGGAUUCGGGUCGGUGCAUCCCUGCACGUUGGAAAUGUGAUGGGGAAGAUGACUGUGGGGACGGUUCAGAUGAGCCCAAGGAGGAAUGUGAUGAGAGAACUUGUGAGCCCUACCAGUUCCGCUGCAAGAACAACCGCUGUGUGCCAGGCCGCUGGCAGUGUGACUAUGACAAUGACUGUGGAGACAAUUCGGAUGAGGAGAGCUGUAAACCCAGACCUUGCUCUGAAAGUGAAUUUUCCUGUGCCAAUGGGCGUUGCAUUGCUGGUCGCUGGAAGUGUGAUGGGGACCACGACUGUGCUGAUGGCUCUGACGAGAAAGAAUGCAAGCCCCGCUGUGAUCCUGAUCAGUUCCAGUGUAAAAACGGUCACUGCAUCCCGCUGCGAUGGCGCUGUGACGCUGAUGCUGACUGCAUGGAUGGCAGCGAUGAGGAGGACUGCGGCACCAAGGUGCGGACCUGCCCCCUGGAUGAGUUCCAGUGCAACAACACCCUGUGCAAGCCACUGGCCUGGAAAUGUGAUGGCGAGGAUGACUGUGGUGACAACUCUGAUGAGAACCCCGAAGAAUGCUUGAAAUUCCAGUGUCCCCCUAACAGACCGUUCCGCUGCAAGAAUGACCGUGUGUGCCUGUGGAUUGGUCGUCAGUGUGAUGGUAUUGACAACUGUGGUGACGGCACUGAUGAGCAACACUGUGAACCCAGGAGCUGCAGCCACGAAAAGAAUGAGUUUCUCUGCAAGAAUGGGAAAUGCAUCAAUGCAAAUCUUCGCUGCAACGUCUUUGACGAUUGCGGGGAUGGAUCUGAUGAGGAAAACUGCUUGCAAGAUCCCAAGUCGUAUGGCUGUCGCACCAAUACGACCAUGUGCGGCGCUGAAGCCAAAUGUAUCCACACCCCUUCGUCCGAGUACUGCGCUUGCCGCACCGGCUUCCAGAGAGCAGCUGAUAAGCUUUCAUGCCAAGACAUCAACGAAUGCCUGAACUUCGGCACAUGCUCUCAGCUCUGCAACAACACAAAAGGCUCAUACAUGUGCAUUUGCGCCAGGAACUUCAUGAAGACACAUCAGACGUGCAAGGCAGAAGGAUCUGACCACCAGAUACUUUACAUUGCUGAUGACAACAAGAUCCGCAGCAUGUUUCCCUUCAACCCCAACUCGGCCUACGAGCCUGCCUUCCAAGGGGACGAGAGUGUCCGCAUCGCGGCCAUGGAUGUCUAUGUCAAGGGCAACAAGAUCUACUGGACCAACUGGCACACGGGCCGUAUCUCAUGCCGUGAAUUGCCAUCCUUGGCUGGCUCCAGCUCCUCCAACCGCAACCGACGGCAGAUCGACAACUCCGUCACUCACCUAAAUAUUUCAGGGCUGAAGAUGCCACGAGGCAUUGCCAUCGACUGGGUGGCUGGGAAUAUCUACUGGACAGACUCGGGACGUGAUGUCAUUGAAGUGGCCCAACUGAAAGGCGAGAACCGCAAGACGCUGAUCUCGGGUAUGAUCGACGAGCCCCAUGCCAUUGUUGUGGACCCACUCCGAGGCACCAUGUACUGGUCAGACUGGGGGAACCACCCUAAGAUUGAGACCGCUGCAAUGGAUGGGACCCAGAGGGAGACACUUGUACAGGACAAUAUACAGUGGCCAACAAGUCUGGCUGUUGAUUACCAUAACGAACGCCUGUACUGGGCUGAUGCCAAGCUCUCAGUCAUUGGUAGCAUCCGGCUCAACGGGACCGACCCAGUGGUGGCCAUUGACAGCAAAAAAGGGCUCAGCCAUCCUUUCAGCAUCGACAUUUUUGAAGAUUACAUCUACGGCGUCACCUACAUCAACAACCGCAUCUUUAAGGUCCACAAGUUUGGCCACGAUACCGUCAGCAACCUGACAGCAGGACUCAACCAUGCCACUGAUGUGGUACUCUAUCACCAGUACAAACAGCCAGAUGUGACCAACCCAUGUGACAGGAAAAAGUGUGAAUGGCUCUGCCUCCUGAGCCCCAGUGGUCCUAUGUGCACUUGCCCGAAUGGCAGGCGGCUGGACAACGGCACAUGUGUGCUCAUCCCCUCACCUACUGUUUCUCCUGUUGUGCCAGCCACUGAUACCUGUAACCUGGUUUGCCUCAAUGGUGGCAGCUGCUUCCUAAAUGCCCGCAAGCAGCCCAAGUGCCGAUGCCAGCCACGCUACUCUGGGGACAGGUGCCAGAUGGACCAGUGCUCUGGACACUGCCUGAAUGGGGGCACCUGUGCUGCUUCCUUGUCUGGGAUGCCAACUUGCCGCUGUCCCACCGGCUUCACUGGCUCUCAGUGCGACAAGCAGUUGUGCGCCGACUACUGCCUCAACAAUGGCAGCUGCACGGUCAACCAGGGCAACCAGCCCAUCUGCCGCUGCCCAGUUGACUUCACCGGUGACAGGUGUCAAAACCGCCCUUGCUAUAACUACUGUGAGAAUAAUGGCGUGUGCCAGCUGACCGUCUCUGGAACUCACCUGUGCCGCUGCCCACCACAUUACUAUGGGGACCGUUGCCAGAAUAACAAGUGUGACCGCUGCCUCGGUGGCAACUGCUCCAUCAACAAGCAGAGCGGCAAUGUCACCUGCACAUGCUCUGACGGCAGGACAGCCUCCAGCUGCUUGACUUGCAACAACUACUGCUUGAAUGGGGGCACAUGCACCAUGAAUACCGAAACAUCGAUGCCAGAGUGCCAGUGCACAUUGGAAAUGACAGGGGAGCAUUGUGAGAAAUCCCUGGCCAGUGAACAACAGAGCAACCGAACAGUCUCCAUUGUAAUCCCAAUCCUCCUCCUCCUGCUUGUGAUACUGGUGGCAGGUGCUGUGGUCUGGUACAAAAAACGGAUUAAGGGGGCCAAGGGUUUCCAACACCAGCGCAUGACCAAUGGUGCCAUGAAUGUGGAGAUCGGCAACCCCACCUACAAGAUGUAUGAGGGGGACCCUGACGCAGAUGAUGUUGGGGAGCUGCUAGAUGCCGACUUUGCGCUUGACCCCGACAAGCCCACAAACUUCACAAACCCGGUGUACGCCACACUCUACAUGGGCGCCCACAACAGCCGCAACUCACUAGCCAGCACGGACGAGAAGAGGGAGCUGCUGUCAAGAGGGGCAGAUGACGAUCUCGGCAACCCCCUGGCAUAGGGACUGGGGGAAUGGGCCACCAGCCCAGACAGAGACCAGCUGUAAAGAGACAAGAUGGGGUUGGGGAGGCCAGGGAGGUGGGGAAGCAAGAGAUACUGUAUAAAUGUACAAAUGAAGGAUUAUUACUUUUAUAUGUGAGCAGUAUUAUUACCUGUAUAUUCCCUUUCAUCUACCAGCCGCUGAAUCUCUGCCAAAUGGACUUUGGGGUGGACGGAGUUAAAGGCAACGUUGGGAGGUGGGGGAGAAACCAUGAAGACCCCUCAGUUGGUUGAAGGGCUCCAUAGUCUUACCUGGCUGCAUCCUUUUUUCCUCGCUGCACAAAUCAACCCACCUUGACUUCCUCGGCAGGUGCCUUUAGGUUGCCAUUCUUUAAAAAAAAAAAACUUGGGACAAAAGUCACAUCCUUUUUGGGGUGCCGUUGAUGAACAGAUAGGAGCUGCUCAAGGCAAACUCGCUCCUGCUAGAAAUGUGAGAAGAAGGUGAUUGAAGGGAUGUCAGGAAAAGUCAUCAGAUCCAGGGGACAAGGGGGAAACUUUGCUGCUUCUCUCUCCUGCACAAGGCAGUGGGGGGGGGGGGAGGACUGACUGCUUUGAUCUCGUGUGGACCACAAUAUAAUCUCAGUCUGAUAAUACCUUAAUAUGGAUGUAGUUAAACUUAAGCCACUCUACUGUGUAGACCAGUGAUUCUUACAUUCUAAUGUCUUUGUGUAAACACUGUUCUGGUUUAUUCUUUGUGGAUCACCACAUUUUCCUACAUCAUGGCUGCCACCCGGAAGGCUACUUGAAAGGCUGGAAAUUAAAUCUCGGCUCCUUCUAUGUUCUGAGCGGACUGUACUGAGCUUGCAAGGUGAAGAGCCUUCUGGGAGAAAGGUGCAAUUUCCCUCCUCCCCCCCCCCCCCAGAAAUGUGAAGGCAUUGGGGGGUGCUGGGAUUGGUUUUUUCCAGGUUUUUCCCAAGCAUUCACAUCUCUCCCCUGCCUGCCCUCCCAGUCUUAUCAAAAAAACUUCUGGCUUCCUUCAGAAUUCCUCAGACGUUAUGUUUUGCUUGAGGAGGAACAGCCAGACUCCUUUCGGAUUUUACAGUAGGCAAAAUCUAGUGGUAAGUUAUGGACGUAUGACACUCACAUGGGAAAUUUUGCAGGUUUUAUCGGACAUUGUGCCACAGCAACCAGAUUUACUUCAAAUGUUGCUUUAAGUGAAAUGUAGCUUGCACUGUAGGAGAGUGGCCUUCGAUAAUAAUCUUAAGCAGCAAACUUCUCCGUGCACAGAGUAUGUACCAACCCCUACCUAGCAAUGCUUACUCACUCCACGCUUCCGCUUUCUCUUCUGUAUGUGCAUUCAGCACAGUUGUUGUCAGAAUGUAGAAGGAGCUGGUUUUUAAUCCUGCAUUUGUCAAUUUGCUUUUAAAGUGGCCUUCAGCAUUUCCCUCAGUUAUUUUCACCACCAUCUUGUAGACCAUCUGAAAGUGCAUAGCAGGCUACUGGUGGUCUAUGGGCCACGGUUUGGGAAUCACUGGUGUAAAUCUGCCCACAUCCUAUCAAUUUCCAACCACCUUCUUCCAGCAGUCUUCAGCAUGACUCAUCAGUUACAGCCUUUUCUUGCACUGCAUCCAGCCAAUCACAUCUUCUUCGUGCAACGCCUUAACCCUUUUCCACCAGUAAGAUUCCAUUCUAUUUUUAUACCACCAAUCACCACAUAUAUAUAUAUUUUCUCCUUUCCCACCAAUCUGAUGUUCUCCCUUUCUUGCAUCUGAUAAGAAGACAGUUGCCUACUGCAGCUCAAGAAUCUAAUCGCUCUCUGUGGGCAUUUUGAGAUGAAGGGUCUUUCAGACAUCAAGCAUGCUCUUUGAACAUGACUGACACUCAGAAGCCACUGGGGAUCUGGCAUGCUAAUUCCUGCUUAUCCCAAAGGCAGGAAAGCCUCUGGUGGGAUCGGUGUGGAUGGCACUGUACUGGCUGUGACCCCCAAACCCCAGACAAAACCAGCCAGGGGGCGGGAGCUGCUUUUCAGAUGCUACCCAAUGUGCCAUAGUACUUCUUGCUGUUUUCAGAUUUCUCUUCAUGCUAAUCAAUAUUUCUGAAGGCUUUUUAUUUCCAGGAAUCAUCUUUAUUCUUUUGGGGAGUUAUUUUGACAUUUCGUUUUAUUUUGGUGCCUGCCUCGGAGACUAAAACACAAUUUACAACCACCAUUCCUCCUCUGCCCCCUCCCCCCCCAACCCUCUCCUCCCUCCAUUGCUACAACUUCCGUCAUCCUUUUCUGGAAAGAGGUUCAACGUUGUUUCAACUUUCGUUUCUCUCCAACAAGCUUUUUUAAAAUGAAAACAGAUCAAAAAUAAAUAAAUAAAAUGAACUAGCUUUUAUAGUAGAAGUUACACGCAUGGGGGGGAGGGAAGGAGGUCUCCUCAGCCUUUUUUUUUUGUGGGAGGGGGGGAACCAAAUGUUUUAAUAAUUUUUGCCGGAUUACUUUACAACUAAAAACAAAAUAAAAAAAAUUAAAAAAAAAACAGAUAUUGUUAUAAAUAAAAUUUUUAAAAACUAA